AUGGGCGCAAGGUUCAUCGUCAAUGCUUUGUGCUUGUACCUCCUUGGCUUGUGCUUCACCGCUAUUGUCCAAGCAGAUCUCCAGGUGCAGGUCUUGAGCACUUUCAUCUACACCAGAUAUGGCGAUAGAACGCCAUUUGUGCUCCCCGUCUCGCCCACUUUGACACCCCUUGGUGCCCAGCAACUUUUCGAGGCGGGCGACAAAGUUCGCCAGAGAUAUUUGGUGCCAGUCGAUGGCGACGCCGAGCCAACGACAAUUGCUGGUAUUGCCUCGUACCAGCUCGAAUACGACCAAUUGACCAUUGUGUCGACCGACGAUCAAUAUGUGUUUGCUUCAGCUCAAGCGUUCCUACAAGGGUUGUAUCCGCCGUUGCAGACGUCGUCCAACUAUACGUACAUUGCUGGUCAAAGUACUAUUCAAAAUGGAUCGAACCUGGUGGCCCCACUGAACGGCUAUCAGUAUCCAAACAUCAAUACUGUCUCCAGCAAUGAUCUCAAUUCAAUCUGGGUUGGUGGGAUGAGCAACUGCCCAGCAUACGUGGCGUCAACAAACGACUAUUACGGAACUCCAGAUUUCGAGAGCAUUGAGAACAGUACCGCGCAAUUCUAUGCAAGCCUGCAGCCGGACUUCUUGAAUGGAGUCUUCUCAGACGCAUCUGUCGGCUAUUAUGAUGCAUAUUACAUCUAUGACUACCUCAACUAUGCCUCGAUCCAUAACACAAGUGCAGCGCAGCUCCUGUCUGCCGAGGAUUUGACCAGAGCGAAGAUCCUGUCUGAUGAUUGGGUAUUUGCCUUGAAUGCCGACAUUGAGGUUUCGGGCUCUACUCCUGGUGACCACAUCCGAGCAAUAGCCGGCCGUACGCUCGCCACGCGCAUCCUUCAAGCCUUCUACACGACUAUCAAUACUCAAGGGGCUUCGAACAAGAUGACUCUAUUCUUCGGGAGCUUCGAGCCAAUGGUUGCAUUCGCAGCUCUGGCUGGGUUGGUCUCGCCUCAGAAUGCAGCUUUCUACAAUGUCCCAGAGCCAGGUGCCAGUUUUAUUUUCGAGCUCUACACCCUGCAGCCGGAAGGCGUCGACACCUAUCCAGACACAUCAGACAUCUUCGUCAGAUUCUUCUACCAGAAUGGGACAGGAUCCUAUUCGACUCUGAUUGAAUAUCCUCUGUUUGGGCUGAGCCCCAGCCAGACCAGCAUCACUCUAGUCGAUUUUAUUGCAGGGCUGGAGGACUUCAUGAUUUUCAAUGUGGAGGAUUGGUGCACGACCUGCAACAGCUUCAGUGUCUUCUGCCCAGCCUUCACAGGGACCGAUGGGAAUCUCAACCCAACCACUGGAUUCUCUCCAAGCCGGCAUGGCUUGUCUCCGGUCGUGGCCGGUGUCAUUGGGGCGGUUGUCACACUCGCUGUAGCCGCUCUUUUGUUUGGUCUAGUGAUGUUGCUUGGAGGUGUGAGAUUACAUCGCGUCCACUCCAAACGCCGGUCCGAACUGGGAGGAUUCAAGGGUGGGAAGAAACUUGCGAGUGACCAGGAUCUCACCCUUUCAAAGGGCGGUGCAGGUGCUGUUGUUGUGGCUAGCGAAGAUCCAGCCUAUCCGGCGCCUGUGAGAGGCCAUGAACGUGUUGGAAGCUGGGAACUCAAGGAUCAAGCAAAGGCCGAGGAGGCACACGGGCGUGUCCUCAGCCCAGUUGAUGUUCAACCACGACGACCAAGUUAUGAAGAAGAUGACAUGCCUAUCAAUCCCUUCACGCCUCCGGUCGCACCACACAACCAUGUAUGA